UAUAUUUCAGUGCGGUUAUUUCGUUGAUAAUAUUUCUCAUCCUGGACCGCUUGGAUGAACCAGCCUACCUCGUUUUACUGUUGCCGUCCCCAACAAACCUCCAUAUAUGAUGGAAUUUCAUCUCCAAGAUGAAGCUCCCCCAGCUUCAGCGGCCCCGACAGUAUACGGAGAUCACUCUGGCGAAGAAUUUGAAGAAUCAGAGGAGAAACCAACCCUUGCUGUCCCAGAGAUCAACGUCCGCGAAGCCCACAGUGCCGAAACCCUCGCUGUCCACGAAGAUCCUUACACUGCUUCUCUCCCCGUCAAGGAUGCGGAGUGGAGCAUGACAGAUCAAGUUAAGCGGAAUAAGGAGCGCUCGGAAGCGGCUGGCUAUAAAAAGCGUGAGCUGGGUGUAACAUGGCAGAACCUCACGGUCGAAGUGCUUGCCGCAGAGGCAGCAGUGAAGGAAAACCAGUUGACACAAUACAACAUCAUUCAGCUGAUUCAAGAAUUCCGCCGAAAGCCACCGCUUAAAUCGAUCUUACAGGACAGCCAUGGAUGCGUUAAACCGGGCGAAAUGUUGCUUGUCCUGGGCCGGCCGGGGUCGGGAUGCACCACGCUUCUUAAGUUGCUCGCCAACCGGCGUCAGGGAUACCAUGCUGUCCAUGGUGAGGUAUCUUUUGGAAACAUGAAUGCGCAGGAAGCAGCCCAGUAUCGGGGUCAGAUUGUCAUGAAUACCGAGGAGGAGCUUUUCUAUCCUCGUCUAACUGUUGGUCAGACAAUGGACUUUGCCACUAAACUCAAGGUUCCAGCCCAUCUUCCAGCUGAAGCCAAAUCAGUGGACGAAUAUGUAGCCGAAACCAAGCAAUUUCUAUUAGAGUCAAUGAAAAUUGCCCAUACAGUUGAUACAAAGGUUGGCAAUGAGUUUGUCCGCGGUGUCUCCGGUGGUGAAAGAAAACGAGUGUCCAUUAUCGAAUGCAUGGCUACCAAUGGCUCUAUAUUUACUUGGGAUAAUAGCACCCGUGGGCUUGAUGCGAGCACCGCCCUGGAAUGGGCUAAGGCCCUUAGAGCUAUGACCAACGUGAUGGGGCUUACUACCAUCGUGACCCUUUAUCAGGCAGGGAACGGAAUUUACAAUCUUUUCGAUAAAGUCCUUGUGUUGGACGAAGGAAAGCAGAUUUACUAUGGCCCGACCGCUGCUGCUAAGCCCUUUAUGGAGGAAUUGGGGUUUGUCUAUUCCGACGGUGCCAAUGUUGGUGACUAUCUGACCGGUGUGACUGUCCCUACGGAGAGAAAGAUUCAAUCCGGAUAUGAAAACCGGUUCCCCAAAAACGCCGAUGCCAUUUUGGCAGAAUAUCGAAAAUCCUCAUUAUAUCAGCAUAUGAUUCAGGAAUACGACUAUCCUCGCACUGACGCUGCUCGCCGGCGCACAGAAGACUUCAAGGAGUCGGUGGCCUGGGAAAGGGCAACGCGCCUCCCCAAGAAUAGCGCGCUCACCAUUGGAUUCUGGGAUCAACUCAUUGCCUGUACCAUCCGCCAAUAUCAAAUUUUGUGGGGCGAGAAAUCCACCUUCUUGAUUAAACAGGUCCUGUCGAUUAUAAUGGCUCUUAUUGCUGGGUCUUGUUUCUACAACUCCCCCGACACAACCGCCGGUUUGUUCACCAAGGGAGGUGCCGUCUUCUUCUCGCUCUUGUAUAACUGCAUCGUUGCCAUGUCUGAAGUCACCGAAUCAUUCAAAGGUCGUCCUGUGUUAAUCAAGCACAAGUCAUUUGCAAUGUACCACCCAGCUGCCUUCUGCCUCGCGCAGAUUACCGCAGACCUACCUGUCCUGCUGGUUCAAUGCUCACUGUUUGCCAUCGUGAUAUACUGGAUGACCGGGCUGAAACAUACUGCGGCCGCCUUUUUUACUUUCUGGGCCAUUCUCUUCACUACUACUCUGUGCAUCACUGCCUUGUUCAGAUGUAUAGGCGCUGGCUUCAGCACUUUCGAAGCGGCGUCGAAGAUUUCAGGAACUGCCGUCAAGGGUAUUGUCAUGUAUGCCGGUUACAUGAUUCCCAAAGGGGACAUCAAGAACUGGUUCCUGGAACUGUACUAUACAAAUCCUUUUGCGUACGCGUUUCAAGCAGCCUUGUCCAAUGAAUUCCACGGUCAAACUAUUCCCUGUGUUGGAAACAACCUUGUCCCUAACGGGCCGGGCUAUGAAAAUGUCAGUGCUGCGAACAAGGCCUGUACAGGUGUUGGUGGUGCCCUUCCCGGGGCGGAUUAUGUGACAGGUGACCAAUAUCUUUUGUCCCUCCACUAUAAGCAUUCACAAAUGUGGCGAAACUACGGUAUCCUCUGGGCAUGGUGGGGUUUCUUUGCCGUGGUGACCAUUGUCUGCACUUCUUUCUGGGACGCUGGAGCUGGGUCCGGAGCAUCUCUCCUUAUACCUCGGGAGAAGCUCAAGGCCCACCGCGCCCAUUUGGAUGCAGAAGAACAAAAGGAAAGGGAUCCUGCACGUGAAAAAGGGUCCGGAGAUGCGCUGACCUCUGUCGAUGAAGGGAACCUCACCCAAAAUACCUCUAUAUUUACCUGGAAAAACCUUACCUACACGGUUGAUACCCCAACUGGGGAGAGAGUUUUAUUAGACAACAUCCAUGGGUGGGUCAAACCGGGCAUGCUAGGCGCUCUAAUGGGCUCUUCUGGGGCAGGAAAAACAACAUUGCUUGAUGUUCUUGCUCAGCGGAAAACCGAAGGUACAAUUAAGGGUUCAAUUAUGGUUGACGGCCGUGAGCUGCCCGUGUCAUUCCAACGGAUGGCUGGAUACUGCGAGCAAUUGGAUGUUCACGAACCAUAUGCAACAGUCCGAGAGGCAUUGGAAUUUUCUGCACUGCUGAGGCAAUCCAGAGAUACCCCUAGAGAAGAAAAGCUGAAGUAUGUUGAAACAAUUAUUGACCUGCUUGAACUUCACGAUCUGGCAGAUACUUUGAUUGGUACAGUUGGAAAUGGCCUCAGUGUUGAACAGAGAAAGCGUGUCACCAUCGGAGUGGAGCUUGUAUCAAGGCCCAGUAUCUUGAUUUUCCUAGACGAACCAACCUCUGGUUUGGAUGGGCAAUCAGCCUAUAACACAGUCAGAUUCCUUCGGAAGCUUGCAGACGUCGGUCAAGCCGUCUUAGUCACAAUUCAUCAACCCUCUGCCCAGCUCUUUGCUCAGUUCGAUACUCUGCUCCUUCUUGCAAGGGGCGGAAAGACAGUGUACUUCGGUGAUAUCGGUAAUAAUGGUGCGGCAAUCAAGCAUUACUUUGGCAAGUAUGGUGCGCAAUGUCCGAUUGAGGCGAACCCUGCCGAAUUCAUGAUUGAUGUAGUGACUGGAGGUAUUGAGGAGGUGAAAGACAAGGACUGGCAUCAGGUUUGGCUUGAUUCCCCUGAGCACGAACGGAUGAUGGUUGAACUCGAUCGUUUGGUUGCCGACGCUGCUGCAAAGCCCCCUGGGACUCAUGACGACGGCUAUGAGUUCUCGAUGCCUCUGUGGGAGCAAGUCAAGAUCGUUACCCAUCGUAUGAAUGUCGCUCUAUUCCGGAACACCAAUUACGUCAAUAACAAGUUCUCGUUGCAUAUUAUCUCGGCACUUCUCAACGGCUUCUCCUUCUGGCACACCGGUCCCAGUGUAUCCGAUUUGAACUUGAAGAUGUUUACCAUUUUCAACUUCGUGUUCGUUGCGCCAGGCGUUAUCAAUCAACUUCAGCCACUGUUUAUACAGCGUCGUGAUAUCUACGAUGCUCGUGAAAAGAAAUCGAAGAUGUAUUCAUGGGUUGCCUUCGUAACUGGCUUGAUUGUCUCGGAAUUCCCCUAUCUCUGUGUCUGUGCUGUCCUCUAUUUUGCCUGCUGGUAUUACUGUGUGAGGCUUCCUCAUGACUCAAACCGGUCGGGCGCUACCUUUUUCAUCAUGCUCAUUUAUGAGUUUAUUUAUACCGGCAUUGGCCAGUUCAUUGCAGCUUAUGCGCCUAAUCCUACCUUUGCCGCGCUUGUCAACCCUUUGAUCAUCAGCACUCUCACUCUCAUGUGCGGUAUCUUCGUGCCAUUCACCCAACUGACCGUCUUCUGGAGAUACUGGAUGUACUAUCUAAACCCCUUCAACUAUGUCACCUCUGGAAUGUUAGUAUUCGGUAUGUGGGGGGCCAAGGUGACGUGCAACGAAAAUGAAUUCGCGGUGUUUGACCCGGUCAAAGGCACUUGUGGCGAGUAUCUUGCCGACUACUUGGCUGGCAGCGGCUGGAGGGCAAACCUGACCAACCCUGACGCGACCUCUGGAUGCAAAGUCUGUGAGUACAGGACCGGUAGUGACUUCCUGACCAACCUCAACAUCAACCAUUACUAUUACGGGUGGAGAGACGCGGGAAUUUGCGUCAUCUUCGCGAUCAGUGGAUACGCUUUGGUCUUUGCACUGAUGAAACUGAGAACCAAGGCAUCGAAGAGGGCGGAAUAG